AUGUCGACCGCGAGCGGCUCGACGUUCGCGCGCGCGUCGGACGCGAUUCGACGCUCCGCGGGGGCGCUCGCGAGCGCGAGCGCGACGACGAGCGCGAGCGCGGACGCGGACGCGGCGGUGAAGGCGACGCCGCGCGUGGUCGUGGACUUCGCGGGGCAACUGCUCGGGUUCUUCGCGUUCACGUGGGAAGGCGCGUGUUGGGCGCUCGUGUGCGCGCUCGUCGUGGGGAACUACCUGGCGAGGAAGUGGCGCCGAAAGAUGCGAAAGACGCUGGCGAGCGCGGAGAUGAAACACUCGCUCGAUUCACAGUUCACGACGGUGGAACACGGGGCGAUGGAGUGGAUCAAUCACUUCUUGAGACAUUUGUGGAGCUCCACCGCGGGGACGUACGCAGACGCGCAAGCCGCGGACGUCUUGCGAGGAAUCAUCGAAGGUUUGGGAUCGUCUAAGCCGAAUUUCGUCAAGGAGGUGACGCUUACGGAUCUCACCUUGGGCUCGACGCCACCAAAGAUUCAGUUGUACACGGUGCGAUACAACCCGACGCUCGAUUACUUGCAGUUUGAGUUCAACGUCGACUGGUUCGCCGACGCGGCGCACGGACGGUUGAUGACGAAGAUCAAACUCGCCGCGGCGCUGCCGUCGCUGCGCGUGCCGAUUCACCUGACCGAUUUCGGCUUGCGUGGACGCGUGUUGAUGGGCUUCCGGCUCACUAAACGCGUGCCCGGCGUCUCGGGCGUAGACGUCUCGUUUCGCGGCGCGCCGAAAGUCGACGUGUCGGUUCGCCCGGUGGGAUUGCCCGUGGCCGAUAUCCCGGGCUUGUAUCAAUGGAUCAUGGGAAAGCUAGAAGAGGUGAUUUGCAAAAAGUUUCUCGAGCCCAGACGUUUGUACAUUGACGUCGAGGGGAAGUUUCUGCGAAAGAUGGCGAGCGCCGAUUUCCUCGGUCCGGGCGGUACUUUGGUGUGUCGAAUCGUGUCUGUGAAGGGUAUGCCGAAGAACACGGGCUCGGGGUACCCUUGGGUCGAAGUGUCGUUCAACGGAAUUCGUCGUAAGACGUGCACGAGACCCGUAGCGAAGGUGAUGGAGUACGGCGGAGCUAUGGCGUUUCCUUUGCCCGCGGACACGAAUUGGAAAUCCACAGAGGAUAGCACGAUGAACGUGGGCACGGUGCGCGUGCGCAUCAUGGACAGAGCCGCCGUCGGUACAGACGUGUUCGUCGUCGGUGAAGCAGUGUUUGGGGCGCACAGACGAUCCGACACCGGGACGCAUCACGCGUCGCUUUCUCUUGGCUCGCACGCGGCCAAGUCUAAGUACGGCGUCAGCGGAAAGGUGUCCACGAUAGCGCAAAUAGAAUGGGAAGUUCUCCCUCCAAUCGAGCGAUGGAACCCACUGAAACCUGCGGUGGUUGAGUCUCGUUCGUCGGCGCCGCUCAAGCAGCAAGACGACGCGUCUGAGGACGAGGACGACGACGACGAUGAAGAAUACGACGAGGACGAGGACGAGGACGAGGACGAGGACGUGGAUACUGCCGACGUUUUCAGCGAAAGAAGCGCGAUGAGCUCUGGUCACGGUGCGUUAUCACCUGCAUCGCGACAAAACAGCCUUGGGACGGCGAAGUCAGACGACGAGGACGCGUUAGGAUCCGCCGCAGAGCACAUUUUCCAACUCGCGAAAUUGAGAACGCUUCUCCAAAGCGAAAGGGAUCAUUCGCAGAGCGUCAUAGAGAAGCUCAAAAGCGAAUUGGCGAUGGUCAAAGAUACGGUCAUGCUCGAACGCGAGCGACGCGCGCAAGAGUUGAAGCGUGCGCUCCUUGAAGGAGUGAAAUUCUUCUGUCAUACAAAAAACUCCAAAGCGGCGUUGAAGGCGGACGAGACGUAUUACUUGCGUUACCACGGUUACAAACAAAUAUUCACGCUUCACAAGAAGCACGGGGUGAAAUCCAAGCCCGUACACACCCUGAACAUCGCGCACGUCGCGUUCGCCGCCGUAGGCACGAAGCACUUCACCAUGGGCGUCACUCGAGAGCAGGAUGCAAAGGAAACUACCAAGGCGAAGAGCGCCAGGGCGCAAGAAAUUCAUUCGCUGUCGGCGAGCAAAUGUUUAACCAUAGUCUUUUCCACGGAACAAGAGUUGAAAGCUGAGGCUGCGUCCAUUCGCGAGGCGAAAGAACUCACGAAAAAGGUGAAAUGCGCGACCGGCGAGGCCGAGGAGGCCGAGCCCGUCGUAGACGAGCCAGCCGCGUUUGCGUCGCCGGCGGGACUGGCAGGCACGGGAUUGGUGGGGUUAGACUUGGAAAUUCCUCUCAAAGGCAAUGGGAGAAGCGCCAGGGAGUGGGUCGACGGUAUCAACGCUCUGAAGCAAGUGUACACGGCGACGGAAUAUCCUGAAUUGAAGUACCUCGAAAACGUUAGACAGAAGAGCUUGAAGAAAAGCGCGGACGAAAAUCGAGACAUGCACAAGAACGGACCGCCGGCGGUGUCGCCCGAGAAAAGUAAGCGUACGAGCGAAGUCGUGGCGGAGAUCAAACGCACGCCGACUUCGUUCGCCUCCGUGGACGAAUAG